AUGCCGGUCGAAACUAUCCAUACUUCGUCACAAGAUGACAUUCCCGCUGGGUCGGACAAUGAAAGAAAACCCCCUGUUAAGACAACCGUUCACGGACCUACUUGCCAUGCCUUGGAUGAGGACAAGCCAAGAUUCUCUCGCACGACGAAAGUGCUCGUCCUGGUAGCAGGAUCUUUUUGUGGCCUCAACUGCAGCGUUGGCACAUCAAUCCCAUCAGGUGCCUACGAGGCUAUAUCUGAGAACUUUUCGUUGACCAGCAAAAUGCAACUCGCUCUACUCAACUCGCUCAAUAUGGUUGGUUUCAUUCUGGGACCGUUGCUAUUUGGUCCGUUGAGCGAAUUCAUCGGGCGUCGCCCUGUGAUGAUUCUAUCAUAUCUUGGCUUCGUUGUAUUUAUGUUGGCGUGUUCAGGUGCACCUACUUAUCCUGCUCUGUUGGCAUUCAGACUUCUCUCCGGCGUCAAUGCUGCAGCCCCUUUUUCUGUUGUUGGCGGGCUAUACUCAGACAUUCUAGAUGAUCCUCACAAGCGAGGGCAAUCUAUCGCCGCUUUCCUGGUCCUUAAUACCUGGGGUGCUUUUGCUGCACCUCUGAUAUCAGGCUUUGCGUCGCGUCUCUCAUGGCGGUGGCCGUUCUGGGCUGCUUCAAUCAUGGCGGCACCCGGAAUUCCGCUGGUUGCAAUGUUACCAGAGACGUAUGCACCGGUACUUCGAAAGAAAGCUCAUCAGAGCAUUACAGAAGGCUUCAUCAUCGGCGCCGGAUUGGCAUUGCCAGUUUUCUUCUUGUACAGCAGUUGGUACCACAAAUCAAGACAGAAUGGGAAGCAAUGGGCCCAGUCCGAGGCUAAUCGCCGUCUUCCCACCGCCUGUGCUGCAUCUCCUUGGUACGUUUAG